AUUUAACAAAUUUGUUUGCUAGCAGAUUAUUUUCAAAGGUGUCUUUUGAUCAGUCCGAUUACGAAAGAUUUAAAAAAUGACAGGAUCAUUGGAGCCAACGUUGUUAGAAAAAAGGAUUUCAGAUGCAUUUGACGUGUUCGAUAAUGCAAGAAGUCAUGAAGUUGAUGUCAGAGAACUGGGAACGAUAAUAAGAUCUCUGGGAUGUGUGAUAAGUGAAGCUGAGCUCCAAGAGAUUCAAGUUGAAGUUGAAGAUGUGGAAAAUAAUUGCGUUACUCAAGAAAGAUUUGUCGAAUAUAUGUCCAAGGCAAUAUGUGAACAAAAAUUCAAGCCAGCAGAUCCUGAAGAUCUACUGCAGGCAUUCCAGCUUCUUGACCCAGACAAUCAUGGGUACAUAAUGCGAGGUGACAUGGAAAAAGCACUGAUGGAAAUUGGAGAACCUUUUACCAAAGAGGAGAUUGAUGAAAUGAUGUCAGUGGCUUGUGAUCCGACGACUAAUAGAAUAAACUACGAGCAUUACAUUAAUUCGCUCAUUGUAAGUUUAUUUUUUUCAACUAUUGAUUAUGAGUACUUGAUGUAUUUUAUUAGAUUGAUCUGCCUGAUGAUAAAAACGUUUAUAAAAUCGCUCAACUUUCGGAAGCAAACAAACCAAAGAUUCAAAUUAAACCCUCGGUAUUAAAUGACUUUAUUUAAAUAAAAUAAUCAA